AUGGCUUUGAUCUCUUUCUUCUUCAUGGCCUUUGUAGCUUUGUCUUCCAUUUCUUUGAAUUCCAUUGGAAAGCGAUACCAUCCAGCGAGGAUGCUUACCCUUGUUUAUCAACCAUUUGCACUUGGAACAAUGGCAAUACUUGCAUAUAAUGAGUCAAAGAUCGAUACAAGGAAGCGUAUCUUGAUCGGAUACAUCAUUUUCUUCAUAGGUACUUUGUCUCUCCUCGUUUUGGAUUUAGUCACAUCCGGGAAGGGCGGUACUGGAAAUUACAUUGGUGUAUGUGCCAUUGUGGCUGCCUUUGGAGUUGCAGAUGCUCAUGUUCAAGGAGGAAUGGUAGGAGACCUGUCCUUCAUGUGCCCUGAGUUCAUCCAAACUUUCCUAGCUGGCUUGGCUGCAUCAGGAGCUCUCACGUCUGCUUUGAGGUUAAUCACGAAAGCCGUCUUUGAAAAAUCUAGUAAUGGUCUGCGGAAGGGAGUUAUGUUGUUCCUUGCAAUCUCAACAUUCUUUGAGUUUCUAUGCAUAUUCUUAUAUGCGUUCAUCUUCCCUAAACUACCAAUUGUGAAGUACUAUCGAGCAAAAGCAGCCUCAGAAGGGUCGAAAACUGUUUCAUCAGACCUUGCUGCUGCUGGCAUCCAAACAGAAGCGGCAAGCCAAGAAGUUGAAGCUGAUGAUAAACAACAACAACAGCGGUUGAACAGCAAGCAACUGUUUUUUCAGAACAUAGACUUUGCAUUGGUCUUGUUUUUUAUAUUUGUCCUGACUUUGUCAAUCUUCCCUGGAUUCUUAUUCGAAAACACUAAAUCACAUCACCAGUUAGGGUCAUGGUAUACACUCGUUCUGGUAGCAAUGUACAAUGUAUGGGAUUCGAUAUCAAGAUACAUUCCCCUUGUGGAGAGACUCAAGCUAAAAUCGCGAAAAGGACUUUUGUUUGCAACUAUAUCUCGAGUUUUGUUUAUCCCUGCAUUCUAUUUCACUGCAAAGUAUGGUGGUCUGGGAUGGAUGAUAAUGCUCAUAUCUUUCUUGGGACUAACAAACGGUUAUCUCACUGUCUGUGUCCUUACAGAAGCUCCCAAAGGCUACAAGGGUCCGGAGCAAAACGCCUUGGGUAAUUUGCUAGUGUUAUGUGUUCUAGGCGGCGUAGUUGCAGGAGUUUCUCUCGAUUGGUUGUGGCUUAUUGGCAGUAAUGAGCAGUUUUAGAGGGCAAUUCCUUCGAAUUCCAACCUCUCAAAAUAAAAAUUGUGAAAUACAUGUGUCUUGAUCUCUUGAUGAAGAAAGACAGUCUUGGAUAUGAAGUUGGAUCAUGAAAACACCAUAGACAAAUUGAAGUGUGAUCGUGUUCUUUUUAUUGUUAAACAAGUCCAUCCUUGACUGUGAAUUGUUCUAAAACAAAAAAAAAAAUUUAGUGUGAUGCUUGUUUUCA